AUGACGAGUGAAAGUGACACUGAUAAAGCUUCGGCUUCCACUCCAAAAAAGCAGCGCCUAGUGAAAGGUGAUUUGGUGAAAAAAGAGAAGCACCGAUUACAAAAAUAUAGAGUUGAGUGGGAAAAUGGCCCAAUAUUUAGCAGGUGGAUUGCUCGUGACUAUUCUGACAUAUAUAAAGCACAGUGUAAAGUAUGUGAAACAUCCAUAACGGCUGAAAAGCAAGAUCUAGUGAAACACUCGGAAGGUAAAAAACAUUUGAAAAAUUUAUCUGUAAUACGUGGUUCCAAAUCAGUUACGUCUUAUUUUGCAAGCACGUGUAGUUCGUCAUCGGAAACAAACACAAAAAAAAUGGCAACUGUUGCAGAGAUCAAGCUGGCUGCUUAUUUGGCCGAAAAUAACAUAGCCUUCAACGCAGCAGAUCAUCUGGGUAAACUGCUUAAGUAA